CAGGAAACAGAAGGAGCUGACUGUAGUGUAGGCUGCAAAAGGGAAGUUAGACUCUGUGUGAAUGGAGGGAAAAAGAAAGUGAGAUCAAUCUGGAACUGUCAGGAGUUCCUCUAUGGGUGUGUUCUGGUGGGGCAUCUUCUCCUGCUUCCCUGAAGAGUGGUGGCUGGGAUUCUGUGAACAAAUAGAAUAAUGGAUCAACCAAAAGACAAAGAGAUUGCUCCCAGCAAUGAGGCUUUCCAGUUCAGAAUGGGCCUCAAUGACAACAAGGCAGGAAUGGAGGGCCUGGAUAAGGAGAAAAUCAAUAAGAUCAUUAUGGAUGUAACAAAGGGUUCCAGAUUUUAUGACAAUGAACUGAAGAAAGACCAGCAAGUUAACCAACGCAUCGAGAAAAUGCUCCAACAAAAAUCUCUGUUGACUAGCUCACAAAUACGGAAAGCUCAAAUUCAGGUGGACAGGCUUGCCUUGGAACUGGAACGGAGACGCGAUUUGAGCCGUGUAAUUGUGCAUAUCGAUAUGGACGCAUUUUAUGCUGCUGUAGAAAUGCGAGACAACCCAGAACUGAGGGAUAAGCCUAUGGCAGUGGGUUCUAUGAGCAUGCUGUCCACAUCAAACUACUUGGCGAGGAGGUUUGGUGUUCGUGCAGCUAUGCCAGGGUUUAUUGCCAAGAAGCUGUGCCCCAAUCUAACCAUCGUCCCAUUAAACUUUGAUAAAUAUCGGGCAGUAAGUAAAGAGGUUCGAGAAAUUUUUGCGGACUAUGAUCCUAACUUUUUACCAUUGAGCCUUGAUGAAGCCUAUGUGGACAUAACCGCUCACUUGGAGGAAAGACUGACGUGGCCAGAAGAGCGAAGGAGAUUUGUCAUUAGAUCUGGCUGUUCCGAUAAUGUAGGCAUUCCAUCAGGAGUAGAGCCUGUUACCUGUGAGGCUGAGCAAGUGCAGUGCACAUCACCGGUGCUGUUUGAGGACAGUCCUCCCUUCCUACUGGAGGAAAACCUGGUUCUCCCUGGACAAGAUAAAGAGCUUUUGAAUGAACAACAGGCGGUGGAAAACGUAAUUGCCUUUGGGGCAUCAGCCGAGGAAGCUGUGCAAGAAAUGCGGUUCCGUAUAGAACAGAAAACCACCCUGACUGCCAGUGCAGGCAUUGCUCCAAAUAUGAUGCUGGCAAAGGUUUGCAGUGACAAGAAUAAGCCUAACGGACAGUAUGUAAUUCCCCAUGACAGACAGGCAGUAAUGGACUUCAUCAAGGACUUGCCUAUUAGAAAGGUUCCAGGUGUUGGGAAAGUAACCGAGAAAAUGUUACGAGCGCUUGGAAUAAUAACCUGUACUGACCUCUACCAGCAGAGGGCUCUGCUGUCGCUCCUUUUCUCCGAGAUAUCCUGGCAUAACUUCCUAAAUAUUUCCCUGGGCCUAGGCUCAACACACAUAGAAAAGGACGGCGAGAGAAAAAGUAUGAGCACAGAGCGGACCUUCAGUGAGAUAAAUGUAGCCGAGGAACAGUAUGAAUUGUGCCGGGAACUCUGCAAGGACCUAGCUGAAGACCUUCGGAAAGAAGCGCUUAAGGGUAGAACUGUGACACUGAAACUGAAAAAUGUCAAAUUUGAAGUCAAGACCAGAGCGUCUACGGUAUCCUAUGCAGUAUCUACAGAAGAGGAAAUCUUCUCUGUUGCCAAGGAAAUUCUUAAGGCAGAAAUUGAUUUAUCUUCACCAGAACCUUUGCGUCUUAGGCUGAUGGGUGUGAGAGUUUCCGGAUUCCUGCCUGAAGAUGAGAAAUGGCAUCAGAAAAGUAUAACUAGCUUCCUGUGUACGAGUAAGCCGACUGAAAGGAUGUGCUCAUUGGAGAAGCCAGACCCAGCCAACCAGGGAACGCAGGCCCCUGCUCCUCAGAGAGAGAGUUUCUUCAAUCAGAAGCGGGCAGCUCGGCAGCUGGGGGUGUUUGAAGGCUCCACAAGCCAUGAUGUCACUAGUAGAGAGCCAAUCACCACAGCUGUCUCAUACCAGGAGCAAGAGGAAGAGACCAAGGUAGAUGAUAUUUGCCAGGAACCAGAUUUCACAUGUCCAAUUUGCUUGAUGAAGCAGAGCGGUUGGGAUCUAUUUGGAUUCAAUAAGCAUAUCGACAUGUGUUUAAGUAAAUCGCCUCCUUCCAGCGGUGUUGGAACAUCAAACAGAUGUAAAGACUUGCCUGUUGGAACUAGUGGAGUGUCUUGUGAAGAAUCUGGUAAUGAAGACCACAAGAACAAUCUUAAAAACAAAAUGGUGACAGUAGCACCGGGUGAUGACUUGGAAGACUUUGUUAUUGACAAAAACUCAAUGAUAAUAAGAAAACCAGACUUAAAGAUGAACCAGAAUAUUUAUAAUGAUGACGUAACAUGUGACAGUCCUUUAGAAGAUUUUGACUUAGGAAGUCAUGAUGGAAUUAAAGGUCCUGAUUGUAAAGCCGCAGCACCGCCAAGUCCAGCAGUGUCUCUGGGAGAUUCCACUCUGAUCUGCCCAGUAUGCAAUUUGCAGCAGGAUACAACAGACCUUGCAACUUUUAACAGACAUGUCGAUGUUUGCCUCAAUAAAGGGAUUCUAGAAGAGCUCAGAGGGGACACUGUGAACCGGGACACACAUAACACAGUCAAAAAUAUUCAACAAAAUGGGAACACAGGAAGAAAAAAUGAAAGCAGUAAAUCCACAGCCCGAACAAAAAGGCCAGGAACAACACAGCAGAACCCAGCUUCUAAGAAAGCCAAGACAAGUCGAUCCUGUAACACCAUUGACAAAUUUUUUAAAUAAUUUAUUAAAGUCCAUGCUUCUACAGGUGUACGUACAGUUGGGAUCUCACAGAUUACAUUGCAAUUGAAGCCAUGGGUUAUUAGUUUUUUUCAUUGUGUUCUUAAUUCUCAUUAUACAACAUAUUUAUUUCAGUUUUAUUUAAUACUGCAAGAUUUUCAGGGUGAGUGAUCAGCUGGUGAUCUCGUCGCCUUAAUGUGGAGUGAGAACAUUGUGAUGCAGGAUGCUGGACAGAGUGGGCGGGGGUUGGGGACCUUAGUUAUGACGGGCAGAAUUCAAAAUAGACAUCGUUUGGUAGGAAUAUUGUUAUCAUUUCAUGGAUUUCUAAUGCAGUUGCCUACCAUUCCCACCAUAGGGCAGUUUGAUAAAUGGAACACUGGACUAUUAAGCAUAACUGUGCACUUCGCCUACAGUAAUAAUACGUCUGUAUUGUGUUGUUCUUCUCAAUGUCAGCUGGAACGUGGUACCAUAAUUUUAAUAAUAUUUAUUUACUAAUUUAUAGCCAUUGGAUAAGUUAUGUUCACAGAACAUUUUAUUGUAAUACGUGUGACAGUGUCAGUGGGUGAUUGACACGAGAAGUUCUCUUUGUGAUUAAUGAAGAAUUGUUUGAUGGGGUUUAGUUUGGUGCAGAUAUGUCAUGACAAACAGGGACAGUAAUGGUAGUAUUUAUAUUUCUAUAUAUAUGUUUCUGCAAAUACAUUGUACAGUAUAAUUCACUGGGUCUUUCCCAAAAAAUUCUCUAUAUAUUAUUACUGUGAAGACUGCUGUAUAAUUGUUAGAGGGAAGUACUGAAUAAGAACUUCCCACAGAAGUAACAGAGACACAUAACAGGACCUUUGGAAAAUCAUACAAGAAAAGCCCUGAAUGUAUAUUUUAAUUUUUGUUUAAAACAUAGGUAUCUUAGAAUAUUACAGAGGAAUUUUAUUUAUACUAUAUAUUCUCUUAAAUUGCUUAUUUCCACAUGCAAUUGAAUGGCUCGAAUUCAUGUCCUUUUGUAGAUAACUUUUCUAUAUCCAGCUCUGGUUCCGGAGGCGGAAUACAGAUGUCUGUACUUUACUAUAAAUGACGUUUGGUAAUAUGAAGGAAGGGUUUGGACAGAUUAGCAGAAUAUCUACCGAGAAUACACAUGCAGAAUGCUAUUGCUCCUCCGCAGGCAAUGUCUAAUUGAUCCACAUGCCUAAAUUAUUGGGACCAAUGAUUUCUAGUCUGUAUAUUCUACAUAAUGCAAACACCUAAUAGGUGCCAUAUACACAUCACAGACAGACACAGAGAUGAACUGUCCGUUUCCUGGUGCCAGAUAAUUGCAUGUUACAUGUGUCUACAUUUUCAGCAGAGUUCUACCUGUUCAAGUUGUAGUCAUGCUUAAAUGCUGCUCUUCUGAGAAAGCCCAGAAAUAAGGUUUCUUAAUCAAUAACAGGUUUAUAUGUGAUCCUGCACACAGAAGCCCAUCCGUUAUCUGAGUGGUAUGCUGAUGUAGCCAAUCAACACCUCUACCUUAUUUAUCUGCGAUAAGAAUUUGUAAAGCCUGUACUAUUAUAUUAUGUUAUGUAUUUAUUAAUUACUCAAAAUAAAGCAAGACCUGUUACAUUUAAAUAAUUAUUUUAAUAGAAUGUUAUAAUUUGAUA